AUGGCUUCCACGGUUUUUUCCCCUGCCGCGAGGAGCGAACCGUCGUUGCGGUCGCUGGAUCCUUCGCCGUCGUCUUCCCCGGACAUCGGUGACCGGAGCGAUUCAUUCAAUUCUUCGCUGAACCUCUUGUCCGACUCUGAAGCUCAGUUCAUGAGCCCGGACGUAAUGAAGAGUGAAGAGUAUCGUCAAUUGUUCCAUCUUCCACCUGAGGAAGUCCUUAUUGAAGAUUUUAAUUGUGCUAUCCAGGAAAACUUACUUGUUCAGAAAGUAAUCCCAUUCCCUGAAGUCACUAGUGUAAGGAGGGCAAAGACAGCUGGGAUCUUUCCCACUGCCAUUGAGAUUCAUGCUGGAAACAGGAAGCACUUCUUUGCAUCCUUCAUAUCCCGUGAUGAAGCUUUCAAGAUUAUUAAGGAUGGAUGGUUGCGGCAGGGCAAUGGAGCCAUUGAACAGAAGGAAUCAAUGUCUGAGUCCGGCAGCCAAGACAAUGGAUUUGUAGCUGUUGAAAAUGUCAGAAGUUCUGAUACACCUGACAACAGAUCACUUUCUGCUGAUCUGAUCAAAGAUGCAGGGCUUUCAUCCAUUGUAGGGGAUGACCCUGUAUUGGUGGCGGAUUCAGAGAAGCAGUGCAGUGCAAGUCAAGUUGCUGAACUUGAAUUGAAUAAUGAUGCCCCAAGUGUGAGUUGGAAGUGGAAUGAGGAGGAUAUUGACGCCCCAUCAAUCCCUGAAGAAUUUACAUGUGUUGCAGAAGCAGUGUUUCCGAUAAAGGUUGAAGACUUCUUUAGGUACUUUUUCUCAGAUGAUGCUGUAAAUUUUGUUGAGUCUUUUCACAAAAAAUGUGGUGAUAAAGACUUUAAGUGUGGUUCGUGGCAUCUUCAGGAUAAAUUUGGGUAUGCACGUGAACUGUCAUUUCAACAUCCAAUAAAAAUUUAUCUUGGAGCAAAAUUUGGUGGCUGCCAUGAGGUCCAGAAAUUUCGUGUUUAUAAGAACAGUCAUUUGGUUAUCGAGACAUCGCAAGAAGUCAGUGAUGUACCUUAUGCAGAUUAUUUCCGUGUCGAGGGGCUGUGGAAUGUAGAGAGAGACAAGGAUGAAUCAAAAGAAUGCUGCAUUAUGCGUGUAUAUGUGAAUGUUGCAUUUUCUAAAAGAACUAUUUGGAAAGGCAAAAUAGUACAAUCAACAAUUGAUGAAUGUCGAGAUGCUUAUGCUACAUGGAUGAACAUGGCACAUGAAACGUUGAAGGAGAAGAACCUUGAAAAACAAGGUCAAAACGGUGAAAUGAAUUUAGAUAGAGAAGUGAAGACUGGAGAAUCUUCAGAAGGGUCACAGGAGCAAAGUAACCUUAAGCUACCUACAUCCAAUGCCUCUGAUGCUACUACAACCCACAAUGUUUGCGCUCAUUUGCAGGGAAAUUUCACAGAACCAUUAUCUGUUCCAUUGUUCAAACAGUUUAUGACAAAGUUCAGAUCAUCCUUGAAAAGUCUAAACAAUCUUUCUCUGAUCCUUGUUACUAUUAUUGCUCUGAUUUUCUUCAUUCAGCAGUUUAGCAUACUUGUGCUAUUGGCAAGACCUCAACACAUACAUAUGAACACUCCUGUUGACUUCAUGAAUAGGAUGAACAAUGAGAUGACUAGAAAUCCUUCAGAUAUAGCGUGGAUGGAGAAAAGAAUUCAUCACCUUAAAGAUGAGAUGUACAUGGUUGAGAGUAGGCUUGAAAGGUUGCAUUAUGAACAUUCACUUUUGAAAAAACAACUAAAGGACCUAGAACAACACAACUAG